AUGUCAACUAAUAUUGUAAUACCAACUACUACUGAUAUUUUCAUAAAUAACCUGCAGCCACAGCAUCAGCAGCAGCAGCAACAACUACAAGAACAGCAUCAACAAGAUUAUAUUCCUAAAAGAUCAAAUUCAAGACAAUCAAGUUCAAAUUCAACUUAUCAUAAUAAUUAUAUAAAGAACUUUGAAAAUAAGGAGAUUAUUACAAAUAAUAGUAAUAACAAUUCUGUUCCAAGAGUUGUAAAUGACAAUAUGUCACAACAAUAUCAACAACAAUUACAUCAACAGCAACAAUUGCAACAACUGCAACAACAACAAGCAUAUCAACAACAACACCAACAACAAUCUCAAAUACCUACAUCCACAUCAUCUUCAACAAUCUCAACUAUGGCAACUGGAUCAAACUCCAAGCGAGUUCAUAGAGAAGUUAGAUUUGGUUCAUAUAUUCUUGGUUCAACUUUAGGAGAAGGAGAAUUUGGUAAAGUUAAAUUAGGUUGGAGAAAAGAUGGUAAAAUACCAAGUCAAGUUGCAAUAAAAUUAAUUAAAAGAUCAACAAUAAUAAAAGAUUCAGAUUCUGAAAUUAAAAUUCAUAGAGAAAUUAAUUCAUUAAAAUUAUUAAAUCAUCCAAAUAUUGUAAAUUUAGUUGAAGUUAUGAAAAGUGGGAAAUAUGUUGGUAUUGUAUUAGAAUAUGCUUCAGGUGGAGAAUUAUUUGAUUAUAUUUUACAACAUAAAUAUUUGAAAGAAUCAAUUGCAAAAAAAUUAUUUGCUCAAUUAGUUAGUGGAGUUGAUUAUAUGCAUUCAAAAGGUUUAAUUCAUCGUGAUUUAAAAUUAGAAAAUUUAUUAUUAGAUAAACAUAAAAAUGUUAUAAUAAGUGAUUUUGGAUUUGUUAAUAGUUAUAAUAAAGAUAGAAAUGAUUUAAUGAAAACAAGUUGUGGUUCACCAUGUUAUGCUGCACCUGAAUUAGUUUUAACUCAAUCUCCUUAUGAAGGUAGAAAAGUUGACAUAUGGUCAUUAGGUGUAAUAUUAUAUGCAAUGUUAUCUGGUUAUUUACCAUUUGAUGAUGAUCCAGAAAAUGAAGAUGGUUCAGAUAUUAUAAAAUUAUAUCAUUAUAUUUGUAAAACUCCUUUAACAUUUCCAGAAUUUGUAAGUCCAUUAGCAAGAGAUUUAUUAAGAAAAAUUAUUGUAUCUGAUCCAAAAAGAAGAAUUAAUAUUGAAGAAAUUAGACAACAUCCAUUUUUAAGUUCUUAUUCUCAAUUAUUAUCAAUAAGGCAACCUGAAUGGGAUAAAAUUUAUAAAGAUAAACAAAAACCUUCAAUUGUUUAUAAUGAACCUCAAAUUCCAACUUAUAAUAAACGUUAUUCAAUGGUUAAUAUUCCAACUAAUUCUUCAAAUUUAAUUGGUUCUUCAAUGCAUCAUCAAUAUUCACAAAUCAAUCAAAUUCAUCAAUCUCCUCAAUUACAGCAACAACAACAACCACAACAACAAUCACAACCUCAACCUAUAUCAUCACACUCAAGAUCUUAUUCAUCAACUAGUAUUAGUUUAUUAUAUGCAUCACCAUCAAUGUCAAAUGGUACAAAUCAUCAAAUAUCAGAUUCAACAGAUUCAUUAGCAUUAUCUAAAACACCAUCACCAAAAAAACCAUCAUCAGUAUCAGUAUCACCAACAAGAGGUCAUCAAAAAUCAGCAUCUAUAUCAAAUUCAAAUUCAACAAGUGCAAGUUAUGCAUUAAAAGCAGUAGUAAAUGAUGAUUUAUUAUCUUCAAGACCAAACAUUUUAACAACAAAUAAUAAUAAUUAUACAAGUGCUUCAACUAUUUCAACAAUUGUUGAAAGUCCAACAAAACAAGAAUAUAUAUUUAAUCAACAACAACAAAAAACUCCUAUAUUAUUACCACCAAAAGAAUUUUCAAAAUUACCACCAUCAACAAAAAAACCAAGACCAACUUCUUAUCAUCCAUCGUCAAUGUCUUCAAAUAUGCUGAUUCCAUUAACAUAUAAAGAAAUUAUAAAAUUACCAAAUAAUUCAACAAAUUCAGUAACUCAAUAUAUUUCAACUUCUCCACCAAAAGAAAUUUUUAAUGCUACUAGCAGUGGUAAUAAUGGUAAUAUAAAUAAUCAACAACAACAUAGUAGAAGGAAUUCAGUUGUUACUCAUAUAAAUGUAAAUGGUGUAUUAUCAAAAGAAAAUCAUCAUCAUCAUCCAUUACAAAAUGAUUCACCUGAUUAUAAUAAAAGAAAUUCUGCUGUAUUAAGUUAUUUAGAAGAUAAAAUUGAUGUAUUAGAUUUAAAUGAAUCUCAUCCACAAAUAAAAGAAAAUAAAGUUGAAAAAUUAGAUGAAUCAAAUGCAGGUGAAGUUAAUGAUACAGAUUUAAAACACAAUGAAAAAGAAGAUGAUGAUAAAGAUAAAGAAAAUGAAGAAUUACCACCACCAAUUGAAGAAUAUAUAGAGACAUUACCAAAACAUUCAAUACAAGAUUCAAAAGAAUCACUUCCAGAAAUUAUAAAACCAGAACCAAAAUUUUCAAAACAACAAAAAGAACAACAACAGCCACCAAGAUUAGUUUCAUCAACUUCAACUUCAACUUCUUCAUCAAUUACAACGAAUCCAAAACAACAAUCAAAAAUUAAUAAAAGACAUAGUAUAAUAUCAAGAAAAUCAAUUCAAACAAAUAGAAGUUAUGAUGAAAAUAAAGAAAAUAAAGAACAGAAAGAACAAGUUAAAAAAAAUAGAUUUUCAAUAUUAUCAUUCUCAUCAUCAACUAACAACAACAAUAACAGCAAUAUUUCUACAAAAUCAAGAAAAGCACUUGAACCAUCAAAUGAUUCAAAUAUUAGUAAAUCUUCAAUUACUUCAAAAAGACAUUCUAUAAUUGGUUCUAAUUCUCAAAAUUCAACUAGAGGUAAUAAUAAUAAUUCAAAUGAAAUUAAAGAAUCAAGUACUGCAAAAAAAGUAAUUGAUUUUUUUAAAAGAAGAAGUAUUUAUAAUGUUGUUUAA